AUGGCUCCGGCCGACGAAACACCAGGCGCGACACCACCUCACAAGCGACGCCGCAUGCGCGACGCACAAUCACCAAGCGGUCGCUCGCCAGACGCGUCGAGACGAGGGCCCGAUCGCGGAGACAGCAGCGACUACUACUCCAAGACCCGGGACGACUCGUCGCCGUCGCCGUCGCCGGCGGCACGACGACGGCGCGCUGCAUCCGCCUCCAGCUCGGGCGCCAGCACACGGUCCGAGUCGCCCUCCCCUCGACGCGCACACGCAGCGCGGCGGCGCUCCGCAUCACGCUCACGAUCACCAGCCUCGACGUCUUCGGACCGCACGCGGACAGAGUCCUUCUCACCAAAGCCUGCGCCGCCAUCGCCCUCGCAGGAGCAGCAGCAGGCUACACCGCCCGAGCCUCAGGGACGCACGCCGGUGAGGCCAAGCUACAAGGCACGGCUGGCGCUGCACGGGCACACCAAGCCCGUGUCGCAGGCGCGCAUCUCGCCAGACGGGCGCUUCAUCGCGUCGGCAUCGGCGGACGCGACUCUCAAGAUCUGGGACGCGGCGACGGGCGCGCACAUGGACACGCUGGUCGGGCACAUGGCGGGCGUGAGCUGCGUCGCGUGGGCGCCCGACAGCAACACACUGGCGAGCGGCGCCGACGACAUGGCGAUCCGGCUAUGGGAUCGGGUGACGGGGCGGCCCAAGACGACGGCGCGCAAGUCGCUGGCGGGCGGCGGUAGCGGUGGAGAUAUGGCGCCGCUGCGCGGGCAUCACAACUACGUGCACUGCUUGGCGUUUUCGCCAAAGGGCAACAUCCUCGCGAGCGGGUCCUACGACGAGGCCGUAUUCUUGUGGGAUGUGCGCGCGGGAAGGCUGAUGAGGAGCUUGCCAGCACACAGCGACCCGGUGAGCGGGAUCGACUUUUCACCAGAUGGGACACUGGUGGCAAGUUGUUCUACAGACGGCCUCAUUCGUAUAUGGGACUCGGGAACCGGGCAAUGCCUGCGGACGCUCGUGCACGAGGACAAUCCGGCCGUGGCCAACGUGUGCUUCUCGCCCAACGGCCGGUUCGUGCUCGCCUUCAACCUGGACAACUGCCUCCGGCUGUGGGACUACGUGGCGGGCAGCGUCAAGAAGACGUAUCAGGGGCACGCGAAUGCCAAGUUUGCGGUGGGCGGGUGCUUUGGCGUGCUGGACGGGGCGCCGUUUGUCGCGUCGGCGAGCGAGGACGGCGGCAUCGUGCUCUGGGACGUGGUCAGCAAGGAGGUGCUGCAGCGGGUACGGGGCCACGCCGAGGGCGUCUGCUUCUGGGUCGACGUGCACGGCGAGACCAUGGUGAGCGCGGGACAGGACGGCACGAUACGCGUCUACCGGCACAUCGCGGAAGGCAGGCUUGCGGGUGAUGGUGAUGCCAACGGCAACGGCAACGGCAACGGCAACGGCAACGGCGUGGCGGUGAAUGGCAAUCAUGGAGCGCUGGCGGCGAAUGGGGAAGGGUAUCCGGAGGCGUUGCCCAUCAGGCAAGAGGACGUCAAGAUGCAGAUGUAA